GUAAAAUGAUAUUUCCGACAUUUUGUUGAAGCUCACUGUUGACGGAAGGCAUUUUACAUCCUCGGUCUUGUGUGAUUCUCAAUUGAACUCUUAUUUUCUUGGUGAAAUAGUGUUUAAACGAGAAAAGAGACCUUGACAUGGCAUAUCAGAGGUUACAGAGUCCAGUGUUGAUGGGAUUUAGAGAUGAAGAUGAAGAUCUCCGGCUGCUGCUGAUCGGUAAAACCGGAUCCGGGAAAAGCGCCACAGGAAACCUCAUCUUUAAUGAUCGGGUGUUUGAGUCAGAAAAGAGCUCUUCAUCAGUGACCAGAGUCUGUAAAUCACACACUGGAUCUGUUCAUAACAGGAGCGUGACAGUGAUCGAUACUCCAGACUUCAGAUUCUCCACUCACACUGACUUUGAUUCAGACUCGGAGCUGAAGAGAGCUCUUGAAUUAUGUUCAGCAGGAGCUCAUGUCAUCCUGCUCUUUCUGCCUUUAAGCACUUUCACUGAGCAGGAGAUGGAGUUCAUCAGCUGGUUUGAGCAGAAGUUUGGAGCAGAAGCUCUCAGAUUUACUCUAGUGCUCUUCACUCACGCAGAUCAGAGACACAUGAGAUCACUAGGAGAGAUGAUCAGGGCAAAUCCUCAGUUAUCUGCUUUUAUUGAGCGAUGCGGUCAGAGAUAUCAUGAGUUUAACAUUAAAGCUCCAGCAAACAGACAGCAGGUGACUGAACUCAUGGAGAAGAUCGACAGACUGGUGUCUGAGAACAGAAACUCCUGUUACACACUAGAGGUGAUGCUGGAGACGGAGAGGAGAAGAGAGGAGGAGAAGAGAGCAGAGGAGGAGAGGAGAGAGAGAGAACAUCAGAUGAUGUUAGACACAGUCAGAGAAGAGACUGAGAUGCGUGUGAGGAGAGAAAUUGAUGAGGAGAAAGCUGGGAAGAGGGAGAAAGAUCUGUUCUUUAAGCAGAUAAAGCUGAAAUAUUUGUGUGUAUUUAUGGUUUUUGCUGUAGUGUCAGGAGGUGUUCUGGUGUGGAGGAAAGACUCUUCACAUGGAUGGAUGUUCACUAAGGGUUUCUUUACUGGAGGAUCAGCAUCAACUGCAGGAGUUUUUACAGGGGUUUUCUGGAGAUUGUUGUGUAAGAGUCAGUUGAUCCGUUCAUCUUCUCACGAGCGUCCCAACACUGUUAGACAGUUACUGCUGAAAGCAGCAGGUGUUGUGUGUGGUUUAUCAGCUGGAGCUGUGAUUGGUCACUUUCUAGGAGGAAAUGAACUUCCUGUUACAGCGCUAGCAGGAUUAGCAGGAGCUACUGGAGCUUUUACAGCAAUACAGUGAAGCUGCUGAUGCUUUACAACUCAUGACUCUAAUGUCUUUGAUUUUUUUGAAACUUCAACAUAAAAAAAAAAAUCAUCAUUCAGAUUUCUGCUAAAGAUACACCCACCCCCCCCAAUUAAUUUUUUAUUUUCUCAUGGCCUCUAAGAGACAUUCAUGAAUUGCAUUUUAUUUUUGUGUGUUUGAUUCUUAAAGAACACAUAACUGUUAAAAUGUUACUUUUUAAAAUCUUUUGACUACGUUUGAUCAGGUAACUCUUUAUUUCUGAUUUCAUUUAUAAUCCUUACCUGUCUAUCAGUUGUUGGACUGUAUUGACAUUGCAUUGUUUGAUGUUUUUAGAGGAUUCAGAACACAUGAUUGAAGAGAGAGGGAGAUGAGGAUGUAUGUAUUGGAGACAUAACAAUGUUUUUCUGUACUGUGUAAUAAGAAAGUCUAUUGUGAAAAUGAUCUCUCCAGAUGGGUAUCUUAAAUCUGUUUAUAUAAUUUAGUCAUUCUAAAUGUGUGUGUGUGUCCUAGAAAAUCUGUGUUUAUAAUACAAUGAUUAAAAAUCUAUAUUUGUUGCUA